AUGGGUUGUGCAGCAGGAAUUGCGGUCCACCCACACCAGGCCCCGAAACCGCCGAAGUCGACACAGCAGGGCCACCAGCUGCCUCCGCAGGUGCCGCAGUUCCUGAUCGAAUCGUCCUGGGACUCUGCAACUUGGAAUUCCGACCUUCCCAGAAGUGUGCCCCAACCACCGAAUCGGAUUCUGCAUGAAAGACACCUCAAGACUUUGAACAAGUUCAAGAAGGAUGUGGAGCUAUGUCCAGGCGUCUUCGCUGACAUCGUUACGAAACGGAGGCAGACGAGUGAGGACGAGUAUGUACCGAUUUAA